AUGACUCGCGUAACGCAAGACAUCCCCGACUGGACGACUGCUCCACCAAACGAUGAGGACCAACCUUACACUUUCAGAUACCUCCAGAACCCGGACUCGGAGACAUGGCUGAGAGGUGGCUCGACGCAUAGCUUCUGCCCUCGCCGCGGCGACUUCGUUGUGCUUCAACUGGACCCAAAGGCCUCUGCUGCGCACCUUGACGCCGCUGCACGCAGAGCCGCUCGGGCAAUCCGUCCGAGAAAGUAUGUGGCGUUCAUCCUCCAGGGAUAUGGGAUACCACUUCCUACCAAACCGACCGACCCUCAUGACAUACUUCUCGUCCGUCGUGGAAUGCCACGGGCCCGCAAGCCGCCAUUCGACGCCCCGGAGACGUGCAUCCCUAUCCUCCCCAACACAUCCCACCCUCUAUCUCGCAAUCCGGUACGCCCGGCUCAGCCGCUACCGUGGCCCGACCGCUACCUGGAGACCACAUUCGGUUUACCAGUCUCUUGCCGUAUCACGACUACUCAGCGAAACUAUACGUCAGUCCUGCCUAUCUCUAUACCCGACCUCAUCAAGAUGCGGAAAUACGUCCGUGAAGAUCAAGAAAGGCGUUUCGACCUUAGAGAUAGGCUGCGGGCGGGUUCGCUGGAUGCUGUGGCUUCGAUACCCCUUCCGGCCUCUCCGGAUCGCUCGACGGCCAGCCUUCAAGCCGGUCCCCUAUUCUCGCCUGGUUCAACUUUGUCUGUCAAGCGCGAUAGAGAGAACACUCUCAGUGAUACAGCAUCGUCCCGCUCAUCAGUUUCUAGCCCUGGGCAGAACGCCGACGCCGACGUCAUAUCCAUUAUCGCCAGCGAUAACAGUGACAUCGACGACGAAAUCCAGGAUGACCGCGAUCGCGAACAUCAUAGACAACUCGACCUGGGCAUGAUGCUCCACUUCCAGGACUUUAUGAACGAUACUGGAGAUCUUGACGAUCCAGUCGUCAACGUCUGGUAUGAUCUGGAUGAAGUAUCCGAAAUCCACGACCCGGACCUGUUUCUUGAAGAGUGCGCGCAGGUUAAACGGAUUGCUCAUGAUGCGAAACUAAGGCUGGGCAUCAUCGCGGGCGAUACUGAGGAGGACGAACUUCGGCUCUCACGUCCGUCGCCCCUGUGCUCGGAUGCUCCUGCGCCAGCGGAGCCCGGCUGCAACCUAGAAGCCUCGCAAAUAGUGGCAGAAGACGGGGGUCCGCAGAGAACGCUGCGCUGGCUCAAUGUAUCGCGCAAGCUGAACUCGCUCCUAGCACGUGUGAGAGAUCAUCUUUGCGGUAGAACUCUAUACACUCGUCGCAAAUAA